AUGUCCGACGACGACGAUUUCAUGCAGGACUCUGACCAGGAGGACUAUGAUUUCGAGUACGAAGACGAAGAUGAGGACCAGGGCGGCGAUGUCGACAUCGAAAACAAGUACUACAAUGCCAAGCAGAUGAAGGUCGACAGCCCAGAGGAGGCCAUUGAUGAAUUCUUGGGUGGGNGAUUCAAAGGCUUGAAGCAAGCCAUCAAACUCGAGUUCAAGCUACGCCGCUAUGAUCAAGCCGUUCAACACUACCAGGAGCUACUCACCUAUGUCAAAUCCGCCGUCACUCGCAACUACUCGGAAAAGUCCAUCAACAACAUGCUCGACUUCAUCGAGAAGAAUGCAGAGGACGAGGCUGCCAACAAAUGCAUGGAGCAGUUCUACUCCAAGACACUUGACUCAUUCCAGAGCACAAACAACGAGCGUCUUUGGCUCAAGACAAACACAAAGCUGGCUCGCCUCUGGCUUGAUCAGAAGGACUACCGUCGCCUGACCGACAAGGUGCGCGAGCUUCACAAAGCCUGUCAGUUGGAAGAUGGUUCCGACGAUCCAAGCAAGGGCACAUACUCGCUCGAAGUCUACGCUCUGGAAAUCCUCAUAUCGGCCGUGCCACAUCCCAAGAUCAUGGGCAUCAUCCGAGAAUGUGGAGGCAAGAUGCACAUGAGUGAAGAAAACUGGAAGGAGGCUCAAUCAGACUUCUUUGAAUCAUUCCGCAAUUACGAUGAGGCCGGCUCGUUGCAGAGAAUUCAAGUGCUCAAGUAUCUGGUUCUGACGACCAUGCUUAUGGGCUCCGAUAUCAAUCCCUUUGAUUCGCAGGAGACCAAGCCAUACAAGAACGAUCCUCGUAUCGCUGCCAUGACUGAGCUGGUCGAUGCUUACCAGCGAGAUGACAUUCACCGCUACGAGUCGAUCCUGCAGAAGAACAAGGAUCUGUUGGCCGACCCCUUCAUUGCCGAGAACAUUGACGAAGUCACGCGAAACAUGCGCACAAAGGCCGUUGUCAAGCUGGUCGCCCCGUAUACACGAUUCCGCCUCUCCUUCAUUGCCAAGCAGCUGAACAUUUCCAUCCCAGAAGUCCAAGACAUUGUGGGCUUCUUGAUCAUGGAUCAGAAACUUCACGGCAAGAUUAACCAAGAAGCCGGAACUGUCGACAUUGAGAGUAGGGCAGAUUUGGAUCGCAUGCACGCAGUCGCCGACUGGACUUCAGCCGUACGUUCUCUGGCUGCAUUCGUCCUCAACGACGGCGAGGGCUUCAAAGGUGACGAUGGGGCGCCAUCCAUGGCAAACCCUGAGGCGUACUUCGCUCCCUCCUCACAUCGCACCAAUAUGCCUUCUGGGAAGCGCAGGCUUCAAUCCCGGGUCCCAGGUUGA